UCACCUGUGCUGGAUUUUGCUUAGCCCCUCCGCAAAUUUCCACAACCACCACACCACCAUUUCAUCAAUCAUUCAUAUCAGACCGGCCCCUCCCCCUGCUCUCUCAUCCCACUCCCACUACCAUUCUCUGCCACCCCCAACAUUCCCUGCCUCCCUAGCUGUGUCCUGCCUAGCGGUAUCAAUACCUGCAGCUCACCACCAACCAGUGAUAACAGCCACACCAUUCCCAGUUGCCAUAUAACCAUCAGCAGCUCAACGGCAGCUUGGGAGUGCUGCAACGCCAUAUCUCUCUAGAAGCCUUGCCUUGUAGUAGUUGUAGGCACAGAAGAGGGUGUUGCAGGGCGCAGGGCAAUGGCGACCUCCUUCCAGGGGACGACGACCAAGUGCACGGCCUGCGACAAGACGGUGUACCUCGUCGACAAGCUCACCGCCGACAACCGCAUCUACCACAAGGCCUGCUUCAGGUGCCACCACUGCAAGGGCACCCUCAAGCUUGCGAAUUACAACUCGUUCGAGGGAGUGCUCUACUGCAGGCCUCACUUUGAUCAGCUGUUCAAGAGGACCGGGAGUCUGGACAAGAGCUUUGAAGGAACUCCAAAGGUUGUCAAGCCAGAAAGAAACGUCGAGAAUGAGAAUGCUAUUAAAGUCUCAAGCGCAUUUGCUGGCACCAGAGAGAAAUGUGUUGGAUGCAGCAAGACAGUCUAUCCAAUUGAGAGGGUUACUGUCAACAAUACUAUGUACCACAAGAGCUGCUUCAAGUGCUGCCAUGGAGGAUGCACCAUCAGCCCUUCGAAUUACAUCGCACAUGAGGGGAAGCUCUACUGCAAGCACCACCACAUUCAGCUGAUCAAAGAGAAGGGAAACUUCAGCCAGCUCGAGAAUGAUCACGAGAAGACGUCACAGGCUGGGUCAGUGGAGGAUGAAGAAGCAGAGUACUAAUCCGUGAGCACUUCCAUAAAUAAAUAAUGAAUCUUUUUGCAUUUGCUCCGGAGAAUUUAUCUUUCUGUGCCACGGUUCGUUUUCGGUUUACCGUUGGAGGUCAUGUGCAUUCAAUGAACAAUGAUACUACCGUCUUGUAUCUGCAUGUAAACCUUGUUAUAUUUGAGUCGAGAUAUCUCUACCUGGUUUGAUC